GCUGGCUGCGUGGGGCUGCUGAAGCUGAGAGCAUCCGUGGGAUCCCAUCCCCUGUAUCCCUGUGACUGGAGCUCAUCUGUCAGCCAGCCUAAUCACACGUCAGCCAGCCCCGGUUCAGGAGACGGAGCAGACAGAAGCAGAGCAGCUGCAGCUCCUCACAGCACAGGAUAUUACCUGUUCAUGACUCCCCUGUGCCAGUGACUGUCCUGGCUGUCAGCCCCCCGCCGUCUGCUCUCACAGGGGAGAGUGUAGAAAUUAUGUUCUUACUGAAGGUGAGGAACACCAAAUAGAUGGUGCAGAAAAGUUAGUCUUUAAUUCACUUGGGGAACAAAACACACACCUUUUUUUUGAAGGCAGGAAAAUCCAUUGUUACAUUUGUAUUUACACUCAUGUCCCCACGUAUAAUGUGCUAAUAAUGAGAAGGUUAAAAAAACAACACACUCAGGCUAUUUCUUCUUGUGUCACUCUUAACUUACACAAAGUUACCUAAUAGUUACUUAAUACCUUAUUGUUAGGCAUAGUCUUCACAUAUCCCCCCUUCCUUUAUAUCAAGAUCUAUUCUUGUGUUGAUACAGAACAUGUAGUUUAUGCUCCACAUUCAAGCUCUGUUGCCCAAAGUGGAGAAUACUUUCACUAACCUGUAUUUACAGUGGAGAAUACUUCAACUAACCUGUAUGUUUUAUGUAACCACAAGAUUAAAGGAAAGAAAACAAACUUUACUGCCAGUCUCCAAACCACAAUUAAAUCCCGGCACAUUUUCCAGCAGACCGUUACUCUUAAAAGAAACAACAUGUCUCGGGAGCACAGGAGGUUGGUGGCACCUUAAUUUGGGAGUACGGGCUCAUUGUAAUGGCUGGAGUAGAAUAAGUGGAAUGGUAUCAUAUACAUCAAACACAUGGCUUCAAUGUGUUUGAUGCCAUUCCAUUCGCUCCGUUCCAGCCAUUAUUAGGAGCCUUUCUCCCCUCAGCAGCCUCCACUGCUCGGGAGCCUUGCCAAAUAGCCCAGUAACUUCUGGUGUAGGAAGAAUCAUGUUACCAAUUGAAACUGAAUGGCCGUCUGUAGAGCGGUCAGGUGAAUUUGAAUAGUGGGGAGCCCUGUAAUGCAUACCAAAUGGCACUCUAUCCCCUUUACAGUGCACUAUUUUUGACCACUACUACCCAUAGGGCUCUAGUCAAAAGUAGUGCACUAUAAAGGGAAUAGGGUGCCAUUUGGAGCACACACUGAACACCCGGCCACUCCGUGCGGUGCGCCGCUAGGCUAGCCGGAAACCUGCAGAUGGUCUCCCCUCAUCGGUAUUAAAAUGUCAGCUAGGGUUGUGGUACAGGGAGUUGGGAAGGAGAGGGAGAAGGGUAGCUCCUCCCUCCCCACUCCCCACAUGCAGGUGUUGCCUGCUGUUCAUGGCAGCCUGUCAUGAGAAACCCGGACGGAGAAUAAGCUCCAGCAGUACUCAAGGUCACAACACACCACCCCUGCAGUAUUGGCCCUGCAGUGUUGGUCCUCAGAGAAAUAGAGAAAAUAAGCCACAAUGUCAUCCACUAAGUGUCUGUGUCCUCCGCUGUGAACAGGGGGGUUGAGAUGGGGUGCAGGCAGACCGGCAGGCAGGGAAACAGGCAGGUAGGCAGGGAAACAGGCAAGCAGACAGGCAGGCUGGCAAGGAGACAAGCAGGCAGGCAGGCAGGAAGGGUAGACAGACAGACAGACAGACAGACAGACAGACAGACAGACAGGCUGGCAGGCAGGCAGGCAGGCAGGCAGGCAGGCAGGCAGACAGACAGACAGACAGACAGACAGACAGACAGACAGACAGACAGACAGACAGACAGACAGACAGACAGACAGACAGACAGACAGACAGACUGACUGACUGACUGACUGACUGACUGACUGACUGACUGACUGACUGACUGACUGACUGACUGACUGACUGACUGACUGACUGACUGACUGACUGACUGACUGACUGACUGACUGACUGGCAGGCAGGCAGCAACAGGAUCAUGUAUUGGAGGGGGAUUGUGGAAGGUUAAUUGCUUUUAGUGGGAUACUAUGACAUUUCACUGCAGCCACAUGGUCCCCUGUGUAUCAGGGUGUUUUGAUUUGGUCACUGUCGGCUCCAUACUGGCUAGCAAGGGCAAACUAGGAAUGUCAACGUAGUUCUGAGUUUCAUAACUUGAUAAUUGAGAGUGGGUUGAGCUACUGUACUAUAACAUAAAGUAUGUGUCACAAUCUCAACUUUCUUUCUUUCUUUCUUUCUUUCUUUCUUUCUUUCUUUCUUUCUUUCUUUCUUUCUUUCUUUCUUUCUUUCUUUCUUUCUUUCUUUCUUUCUUUCUUUCUUUCUUUCUUUCUUUCUUUCUUUCUAGGACACAAGGGCAUCUGUGUCAUCUCCCAGAUAGAAGGACUCCAUUCUCCUCCCCCAUCCCUGACUGUUCACAAGUACUCCCAGCAGGACGUGACAGGACCUGGUCAUCAUGGUGAUGAAAGGCCUGCUCCUAGGCUGUGUGACCGUGGCUGUGCUGCUUCAGCUCUCCAGCACCGGCCUGGUCAAGAAGAUCAUCCGGCACCGCAGAGAAACCCUGAGAGAACCCUCUGAGAACCUGACCCUGCCCCACCCAGACCAGCCGGUGGUCUUCAACCACGUCUACAACAUCAAUGUCCCCUCCAGCUCCCUGUGUUCCGUAGACGUGGAGAGCCCAGGAGGAACCAAGGUCAAGCCUAAACGAAGUCCAGUCCAGUCGGCCAUGCGGAGCUCGGAGAACCUGGACCACACGAUGGACGGAGAGAACCAGAUCGUGUUCACCCACCGCAUCAACAUCCCCAAGCAGGCGUGCGGCUGUGACAACCACAUGCCCGAUAUGAAGGACAUCCUUAGCAGACUGGAGAUGCUGGAGUCUGAGCUGUCCAGCCUCAGAGAACAGUGUGGCAGUGGAGCCAGUUGCUGUGGAGCCCAGAUUACAGGUACAGUAAAGAACAUUUUGACCAGAGACAUUCUCAGGCAGUGUUUCACAAUUCCUGGUCCUGACUCACCUGAUUAAACUAUAGGCUUGAUAGUGAGUUGAUUAGUUGUAUAACGUGUUUUAGUGCUAAGGCCAAAAUGUGCAACACUUUGGGUUCCCAGGACCAGGAUUUAGAAACACUGUUCUAGUGGCACAGCAGUUAGAGUUGUAGUUUUCACUUAGAUUACAUUCCUACAUUGGUUUUAAUUAUUCUAUAGAUCCGUAUCCCCUGUUCUGACUCAUUGCUGUUGUCUUUUUGUAUGUAUAAUAUCUGCUAUAGAAGUUAUAGUAUUAUCAUCAUUGAAUUUAUUUCUGUGUUGUUUCCUCUAUGUUUCCUCAGGUGAGGUGGCCACCAAGCCUUACUGUAACGGCCGUGGUAACUUCAGCACUGAGACCUGCAGCUGUGUGUGUGAGCCCGGCUGGAAGGGACCCAACUGCACUGAGCCUGAGUGCCCCAACUUCUGCCAAGACCAGGGACGCUGCGUGGACGGCAAGUGUGUCUGCUUCGAGGGCUUCGACGGAGACGACUGCAGCAUGGAGCUGUGUCAGAUGAACUGUGGGGACAAUGGGGAGUGCAUCGACGCCAAUGUGUAUCUGUGAGGACGGCUUCACCGGGAACGACUGCUCCCAGACCAACUGCCUGAACAACUGCCUGGGACGCGGCCGCUGCGUGGACGAUGAGUGUGUGUGUGACGAGCCGUGGACGGGCUACGACUGCUCCGAGCUCAUCUGCCCCAACGACUGCUACGAUCGCGGCCGCUGUGUCAACGGAACCUGCUUCUGCGAGGAGGGCUUCAACGGGGAGGACUGCGGGGAACUCACCUGCCCCAGCAACUGUAACAACCGUGGGAUGUGUGUCGACGGCCAAUGUGUGUGUCACUCCGGCUACAUCGGCGAGGACUGCUCCAAGCUCACCUGCCCCAACGAUUGUACUGAAAGAGGCCAUUGCUUCAACGGGAGGUGCAUCUGUGACCCAGGCUUCGAGGGAGUGAACUGUUCCAUCCUGUCUUGCCCAGACAACUGCAGCAACAGAGGUCAGUGUGUCAACGGAGAGUGCGUCUGCAAUGUAGGAUUCGAGGGUGACGACUGCUCUGAAAUCUCCUGCCCCAAGAAGUGUCUGAACCAAGGCCGCUGUUUGAAAGGACAGUGUGUGUGCAGUAAAGGCUUUGCCGGGGACGACUGCAGCAUCAAGACCUGCCCCAAGGACUGCCUGGGUCGCGGCGAGUGUGUUGACGGCACGUGCGUGUGCUUCAUGGGCUUCACGGGCAAAGACUGCAGCGAGCUGACUUGUCCCAACAACUGUCUGAACCGUGGGCGCUGUGUUAACGGCCAGUGUGUGUGCAACCAAGGCUUUGCUGGGGAGGACUGCAGUGAGAAGACGUGUCCCAACAACUGCCUGGAGAGGGGCUAUUGCGUAGACGGGAAGUGUGUGUGCUUCGAGGGAUUCCAGGGCUUGGACUGCUCUGUGCUGACCUGUCCAGGAGACUGUGAGGACCAGGGGAGAUGUAUGAAUGGAGUGUGUCUAUGUAACGAAGGCUUCAUCGGAGAGGACUGCUCUGGGGGUAAGAGACCGAGGAUCAACCCCAAAUGGCACCCUAUUCCCUUUAUAGUGCACUACUUUUGACUAAGGCCAAUAGGGCUCUGGUCAAAAGUAGUGUACUAGGGCAGUGGUUCUCAACUGGUUUUGCCUCAGGACCCAAAUUGAACCAGGUUGUCUCAGUCGCGAUCCAAUAUGAUUUUUUGGGGGGAUAAAAUGCAAUCUGGAAAACUAUUUUGAAUGCUAUAUUGAUAGUAAAUGUACUAAUCAUAUGAAAAGGGAACAGCAGUCCCACCUUUUUCAUUGUCAUUAAUUCUUGAUGAAGAUGCUGUUUGAGACCACAAAAUCAACCAAAUCUGCUAAAUAGUGCUGCUAAUAACUCUAUAUUGAGGAAGGCCCUACCUGGUUUUAGUCGUUUAAGUUAAGACUGGAGUAUCUUUCAUAAAAAAUGUAAUACAUGUAUUUAUUAAAUGUUUUACUCACACUCGCAACCUAUUCAAAACCUCCCGCGACCCAUAUUUGGUUGAGAAUCGCUGUACUAGGAAAUAGGGUGUAAUUCUGGACAAAUAGAGAGAGACAGACAGAGAGAGAGAGAGAGAGAGAGAGAAUCUCACAUCCUUUGGUUGAUGGGAGUAUCGCUUGAUGUGAUAUAAUUUGUUUAUGGCUAAUAGGUUUGAGGAACAUUUCCACAUGAUGACAUUCAUUUAAAUGCUAAUGUUUCUGGCUGCACAACAUUGGUUAUAUUUCUUUCAUUGGUGGUCCUCUGUAGCUCAGCUGGUAGAGCACGGCGCUUGUAACGCCAAGGUAGUGGGUUUGAUCCCCGGGACCACCCAUACACAAAAAUGUAUGCACGCAUGACUGUAAGUCGCUUUGGAUAAAAAGCGUCUGCUAAAUGGCAUAUUAUUAUUAUAUUAUAUAUUCUUUGAAUAAAUAAUGUUGCAGUUUAAUGUGGAUGUCAAAUGAAAUUUUCCAUGGCUAUUGGCAUCAUCUUGGAUAAUUUAUGAUUUGGUUGAAUUUAUGUCAUUAGUUGCCGCAAAAUAACUCAGAUCAGAGAACAUUUUCAAAAUCUGGUUUGGCAAAUUAUGCGAUUCGAAGCCCACCCUCCAUUGAAGUGUAGUCAUGCUGCUGGAAUUUUCAGACAAAAUUAUACAUUUAGCAAAUCUGGACAUUUUAAUUUCCCUGCCCAAUAAGACUGCCUACUUGAACUUGAUAGUGAUUCAUAGGCAUUGUUCUUUGCAUUUGUGAUACGUAUCAUAGUUGUGUGUUUUUAUUUUAUUUGAUAAAGCGUACCCAACCAAGUCCAUGGUAUAAACAAUAAAAAAAAAACACUUAUCUGUUACAAUUUUACCUACUAUCCCGAAUAUGUCCCCUAACAUGAUGUGGUUGUGGGUCUCUCCAGUGUCUCCACCCAAGGAUCUGACAGUGCUGGAGGUCACCCCAGAGACAGUGGACCUGUCCUGGGCUAACGAGAUGCAGGUGGCAGAGUACCUGGUCACCUAUGUGCCCACCGCCCUUGGAGGCCUGGAGCUCGACAUGCGUGUGCCUGGGGAUCAGAAGAACGCCACCAUCAGUGAGCUGGAGCCUGGUGUGGAGUAUCUGAUCAGUGUCUUCGCUGUCCUCAACAACAAGAGGAGUGUCCCUGUCAGUGCCAGAGUGGCAACACGUAAGUCAGGAGUAGUAUAAAGUUGACCUAAGACGCUCACCUUGUGUCAGUUUUGCAAUUUCCCCACUAAUAGUGAAGGUUAGGAUUGGGGGAAGGUAAGCUGAUCCUAGAUCUGUACCUGCGGAAACUUCACCCCGGAGAUGUAAAUCACCGCUACGGUGUCCAUAUUAGGGUCUGACUGAGACUGUCCUAAUAUGGACACCAUACUACCUCACCUCACCUUUGAUGCCUGACUUGUCUGCUCUCCCAGAUCAGGGGUAAUGCAAAAGUGACAUUCAUAAAGGGCAGUCAAUAAAAAUCUAAUUUCACUUUUAAUAUCAAAGAAUUGAUUGCGGGGCUCAUGCGAACAUCUGUUGCUAACCUCCUUUAAUUAAAUCCCUAAUUGUACCUGGGAUGUUGUAGUUUUUCAAUGUUGUUACCCUUAAUCUACCUGUCAUUGGAACCAGCCAGCCUAUUUCCUAUAUAGUGCACAACUUUUGACCAGGACCCAUAGGGCUGGCUCUGAUCAAAUGCAGUGCACUAUAUAGGGAAUAUGGUGCCAUUUUUGACGCAGUCCAUGUGCUGGGUGUCCUGAGGGUUUAGUAAACAGAACAUCAAACAUGGUUGUAUUUGUCUGUCUCAUCCCAUUAGAUCUCCCUGAGCCUGAGGGACUCAAGUUCACAUCAGUGAGGGAGACUGCAGUAGAGGUUCAGUGGGACCCCCUGGACAUCCCCUUUGAUGGCUGGAACCUAAUCUUCAGAAACACUGUAAGUUAUCAGCAGUAGACCCCUUAUAUGAAAAUAACAUUGAGUUAUCAGUAGAAGACCAUUCAUCUAUAUAAACACUGAGUUAUCAGUAGUAGACCAUUCAUCUAUAUAAACACUGAGUUAUCAGUAGUAGACCAUUCAUCUAUAUAAACACUGAGUUAUCAGUAGUAGACCAUUCAUCUAUAUAAACACUGAGUUAUCAGUAGUAGACCAUUCAUCUAUAUAAACACUGAGUUAUCAGUAGAAGACCAUUCAUCUAUGUAAACACUGAGUUCAUCUAUAUAAACACUGAGUUAUCAGUAGUAGACCAUUCAUCUAUAUAAACACUGAGUUAUCAGUAGUAGACCAUUCAUCUAUAUAAACACUGAGUUAUCAGUAGUAGACCAUUCAUCUAUAUAAACACUGAGUUAUCAGUAGUAGACCAUUCAUCUAUAUAAACACUGAGUUAUCAGUAGAAGACCAUUCAUCUAUGUAAACACUGAGUUAUCAGUAGUAGACCAUUCAUCUAUAUAAACACUGAGUUAUCAGUAGUAGACCAUUCAUCUAUAUAAACACUGAGUUAUCAGUAGUAGACCAUACAUAUAUAUAAACACUGAGUUAUCAGUAGUAGACUACUCAUCUAUAUAAACACUGAGUUAUCAGUAGUAGACCAUUCAUCUAUAUAAACACUGAGUUAUCAGUAGUAUACCAUUCAUCUAUAUAAACACUGAGUUAUCAGUAGUAUACCAUUCAUCUAUAUAAACACUGAGUUAUCAGUAGUAGACUACUCAUCUAUAUAAACACUGAGUUAUCAGUAGUAGACCCCUCAUCUUCAGACAAUCUGUGAGUGAGAAACACACCCCUCCUCCAUCUCCCAUGGUGCAUUGCAUGUUGUUAAUGGAUCUCUCUCAACAUAUUCCACAAGGAGGAGGUUGAGAUCUUCAGAAGCCAACAGCCUGACAUUAUCCCCAUUUCCCUGUGGUAGAUACCAUACACCCCCAGGCACAACUUUUGACCAGAGCCCUAUGGUCAAAAGUAGUGCACUAUAUAGGGAAUAUGGUGUAGGGUGCCAUUUGGGACACAUACUAUGUGAAACAGGGUGAGUAUCCUGUGGAAAAUAUUUUAGCCGAGCCAGUAUUCAAGUCUCUAAGUCUCUAAGUCAGCAGUUAAAUGUGACUAAAUGUUCUGCGAGGCUUCUGUUGCCAGCUAUAAUGGCCAUGUACUGCAGCAAUGAGGCAUAGAACGAUUAUUGUUUCUAAAUGCUUUGUUUUUUCUUAUAAAAAGUCCAUGAGAAGUAGUCCAAGGACAUGAAAGCCACAGUUCAUUAAAUUCAGUUCCCCCCACACACUUUCUGUAGUUUAACAAUCACAGACAGAAUCCUCUGAGUAUGAUGUGGCUGCCCUAUUCCCACACCAAGGUUGUGUCCCAAAUUGCACCCUAUUCCCUAUAAAGUGCACUACUUUUGACCAGAGGGGCCCUGGGAAAGUAGUGAUUAGGGUGCCAUUUGGGAAGGAGCCCAAACUUGACUUUGAGGUGGGUAACGGUAGAUACACUAGAUAGAUAGGUACUUUAUAGAUCCCGAAGGGGAAGUGUGCCAUAAAACAUGCCAUACCAUUUUAAUAACUGGUGUUGUUUGGUGUUGUCAGAAAGAGGAGAAUGGGGAGAUUCUGAACUCCCUGGGCAGCCCUGACACCAUGUUCCAACAGUCUGGGCUGGGACCUGGUCAGGAGUACGAGGUCAAACUGGAGGUGGUGAAGAACAACACCAGUGGACCCCCAGCACGCAAGAAUGUUUUCACAAGUGAGUACAUACAUACAGCACUCAUAGAGUUCUAUUCAUUUGUUUUUCCGACAAUAAUUUGCUCCUCCAGGCCAAUAUCUUUCAGCUGGAAAAUGAACCUGAAUGUUGAGCCUGCGUAGAUAGUAGCUUGUAGGACGGAAACCCACCCAAGUAUUUGCACUUGUCGCACAAUGAAACAAGUAAAUAAAAUAACUAUUUAAAAAUAUUAUUAUUAAUUAUUUCCUGCUAACCUCAAGUGUACUGUAAUCCUUGUAUUCAUGACAUAUUUGCAUUGGAAUAAUCCGUAAACCCCUUUUACGCCAUUCUGACCGCCUGCUGGAGAUUUAAAAGACACGAUUUCCAGCAAUACAGACAGACUCAGAAGCAGUUACGCGCAGAAACACAUUGUCACCUUGAUUCAAUUGAUUUCUCUAUUGACAAACCCCUCUGCUGCAGCUCUGAUAGUGUGUCCCAAAUGGCACCCUAUUUCCUUUAUAGUGUAUCCAUUUGGGAUGCAGCUGGACAGUCUGUCCAAGGCAUCCUGAAGUGCCAACAUUGAGUGAUUAGCUUGUUACUUUUCAUGGCAUCGUCUUGAUUUACUAGAGGCAGUGAAAAGCCAUCCCUACCCCCUCGGCAGGUUUAACAGUUAUGAGGAAAUCAUAUCUCCAAAAGGCUGCUGCUGUAAAGGCUAAUGGCUUUCAUGGGAUCAAUACAACAACAGGUUUUGGUGUUGGAACUAUACACCUGCCAGCUUGGGUUCCCUAACCCUCUCACCAGCCAAACUAUUUUUAGGUGGCUCGAGGGGAGGUUAGAAUAUACUGCACCACCAACACAUUAAAGAAUAGUCAUGGAGAAUGAUGGGUUAUCAUCAUUAAGAAAAAAAGCUUUGUGGAACAUUCCAGCCCUGACAUGGGAGCUGAACAGAUUGGGAGCUUUCACCCCUGCCCUUGCGAGAGUUCUCUUUCAACAAAUCAGAAUAAAGAGAUUUCAAUAUGCUGAAGCAAAUGUUCUUCACAAGUUUCUGUACUAACUUUUAUUGCCUCACCUUCAUCCCAAAUCAAGGUCAGGCUCUCUCUGCUUAUUUAUAGUUUGAAAACUGCCUUCGCUUUGCCAGAGUAAACAGAACCAAGCAAGGAAAAGCCAUUAGCUACCUGACAUUCUCCUCUUAUAUGCCCCCCUUUGUAAAUUAUAGCGUUGACUGACACUAUAGGACUAGCAUUUAUGUGUCUGAAGUCUAUGGAGCUGUUGAGCUGUUGAACAUUGGAACCUGAGCACCAUGCUAUGUACUGUUAAACACACACACAGAGACACACAUACACACCGCACACACACACAUACAUACACACACACACACACACACACACACACACACACACACACACACACACACACACACACACACACACACACACACACACACACACACACACACACACACACACACACACACACACACACACACACACACACACCCAUACACACACACACAUACACACACACACACACACACAAACAUACUUUUACACAACAGCACUGGGAUUAUGUCGCCUAGAUCUCCAUAUAGCUCAAGGCCUCUCUAUGUCUGCCAUUAAAACACACAGACUCAUUCCACAUAGACAUUAGCAUUCUGUGGGACUAAUUGCAUGGAGUGAUCCCCUCCCCCCUCCCCAUCCCCUCCCCCAUUGCAUGUGUUGUUUGUGGGAGGGAGGGAGGCACCACUCAGGCUCAUGGGAAGCCAUCAUCCUCCCAGGAAACAAUCACAACCCUCGAACGACACUCACACACACACACACACACACACACACACACACAUAGCCAGCCAAUCUCAUUGGCGGUUAAAUCUAUGUUAAGCUCCAGUGCAGAUUCCCUGUUUUAUCUGCCUUCUGCAGAAGGUUGAUUUUCCUGAAGUUGCUAAAUGUGACAAAUCAAUUCCACCAUAAUGUAGGGAAAGUGCCUUUCUUGCUUCGGGUAGAGAUCUGUACUUACAUGAAUAACAUCUUGCAUGGAUGCAUACAAGAAAAUACAGUUUAUUUUCAAACUAUUAUUGGUAGUAAAUGCUCUCACUAUUCAUAUUCAACCCUGUAACUAAGGCUCUGAUGAGAGCUCAAACUCUUUAAAUCUCUGCCCUAUCCUUGUCCUUUUACCAGGCCACCUGCUCCCAGUAUCACCUCCCUUGCAUUAUUAAAAAUAGGCAACCUGCCUUAACAAACCCGUUCUCUGACCAAACGCUGCUCUACAUGAAUAACCUCAUGAAUGCUAACUAAAUGUUCUCAGUCCUGGGAUGCGACCCAAAUACUACCCUAUUCCCUGUAUAGUGCAAUACUUUUGACCAGGUACCAUAGGGAUGUAUUCAUAUAGCACCCUGUAUUCACCCUCCGUGUAGUGUUAUGGCAAAAACAAAAACUUGCACCCCUUGGGGUCCCGAGGACUGAGUUUGGGAAACACUGCUCUACAUGAAUAACCUCAUGAAUGCUAACUAAAUGUUCUCAGUCCUGGGAUGCGACCCAAAUACUACCCUAUUCCCUGUAUAGUGCAAUACUCUUGACCAGGUACCAUAGGGCUGUAUUCAUAUAGCACCAUGUAUUCCCCCUCCUCUCUCCCCAGAAAUCGAUUCUCCCAGAGAGGUGGAUGUGCGUGAUGUGACGGACACCACAGCGCUGGUGACCUGGUUCCUGCCGGUGGCCAUGGUGGACGGGGUGAGCAUGUCCUACGGGCCCAGCGACAACCCCUCAGACAGGAACACAGUGGAGCUGUCCUCCAGCGACACACAACACCACCUGGGCAGCCUGAACCCUGACACAGAGUAUGAGGUGUCUCUCAUGGCCAAGAGGGGAGAGAUGACCAGCGUGCCCGUGUCUGAGACCUUCCUAACAGGUAAGACGAGAGCUGUGUCCCAUUUGGCACCCGAUUCCCUUUAUAGUGCACCAGGGCCCGUUAGAGACAAGCAAAUUAUACAGCACUAGGGUUGCAAAAUUCUGCUAACUUCAAGUUUUCCAGAAAUCCUAGAAUCGGGAGGGAAUAAGCAGGAAAUCCGGAAUGCCUUCAACCGGGAUUUCUGGAAAACCUGGGAUUUGGGGGAAAGUGGCUGGAAUUGUGCAACCCUAUAAACAGCACACUAUCAAAAUGCUGGAUACGUAAUAAUUUGUUUUCUUGUUUGCUGGUAAAGUAAAUGUACUGUUGAUUAGUGAAAUGUUUAUAUGUUAAUGUCUGACCCUUUACCAGUUAUACAUUUAGAUUAGAUUUAGAAUGAACAUCCAAUAAACUUAAAAAAGAGAUCAAAAACCUGUCCACCAUCUUUGAUGAGCUAGGCCAGGAGUGUCAAAGUCAUUUUGCCUGGGGAGCUACAUUCUAGGCAAACAUACUAACAGGCGAUAAAAAAGUGAUGGUCUGUUCUCAACUGGGGUCUGGACCACACAUCGUACUGUAUUUACGAGGGGAUCAUAACAUUCCCCCCCUGACUGAUGUGUGACUGGAUGUGUUCCAGACCUGGAUGCCCCGCGGGACCUGCAGACGGUAGAGCUGACUGACGAGAGCAUCACUCUGGAGUGGAAGAACAGCCAGGCUCAAGUAGACAACUACCGCAUCAAAUACGGCCCCCUCUCUGGAGGAGACCAUGGAGAGCUGCUGUUCCCAACUGGACCCCUGGACACCACCCAGGCCAAGAUCACUGGUAAGUGAUCUCAUUUUACUACGUAUCUGUAAAACCCUGAUGAAGGCUAUGGGCCGAAAUGCAUUAGUUAUAUCAAUAAAUAUGUGUUUUUUUCAACUCCAACUGCCCUCUGAGAGUUCCUCUUCCAAGAAUGUCCUCUUCACUUUAGUUUGCUCCUCAGUUCAUGCACCUUGGUUGGAGAGCCAGGUGUGGCAGUGUUCCUUUUCCUUUGCACAAGAUCACUGGUAAGACAGAACCCCUCCAGUAGUCUAGUUAUAACAGGAUGCAGUGGUGGUGGUGUUGUGUAAUAUCUGGUACUAUGUAAUAUCUGGUGAUGCUAGUCUCCUUUUCCACUCUACUGAGGAAGUGAACUGUCCUUCGGGUACAUUUUCAGUUUUUAGAUACUUUUGUUGUUACCUCUUUAAAAAAAAGUCAAUGUGAGAACAGCUAUAAAACAACCAUCCUGUCUUUGUGUAAAUUAAUAUACACUACAUGACCAAAUGUAUAUGGACACCUGCUCGUCGAACAACUCAUUCCAAAAUCAUGGGCAUUAAUAUGGAGUUGGUCCCCCCCUUUGCUUCUAUAACAGCCUCCACUCUUCUGGGAAGGCUUUCUACUAGAUGUUGGAAUAUUUCUGCGGGGACUUGCUUCCAUUCAGCCAUAAGAGCAUUAGCGAAGUCGGGCACUGAUGUUGUUCCAAUUCAAUCCCAAAGGUGUUCGAUGGGAUUGAGGUCAGGGCUCUGUGCAGGCCAGUCAAGUUCUUCCACACCGAUCUUGACAAACCAUUUCUAUAUGCACCUCACUUUAUGCACGGGGGCAUUGUCAUGCUGAAACAGGUAAGGGCCUUCCCCAAAAUGUUCCAACAAAGUUAUAAGCACAGAAUCGUCUAGAAUGUCGUGGUAUGCUGUAGCGUUAAGAUUUCCCUUCACUGGAACUAAGGGGCCUAGCCCGAACCAUGAAAAACAGCCCCAGACCAUUAUUCUUCCUCCACCAAACUUUACAGUUGGCACUAUGCAUUGGGGGAGGUAACAUUCUCCUGGCAUCCUCCAAACCCAGAUUCGUCCGUCGGACUGCCAGAUGGUGAAGCGUGAUUCAUCACUCCAGAGAACACGUUUCCACUGCUCCAGAGUCCAAUGGCGGAGGAUGUUACACCACUCCAGCAUGACGCUUGGCAUUACGCAUGGUGAUCUUAGGCUUGUGUGUGGCUGCUUGGCCAUGGAAACCCAGCUCUUGACGAACAGUUAUUGUGCUGAUGUUGCUUCCAGAGGCAGUUUGGAACUCAGUAGUGAUUGUUGCAACCGAGGACAGGCGUUUUUUACGCUAAAUUCUUCAGCACUCGGCGGACCUGUUCUGUGAGCUUGUGUGGCAUACAACUUUGCGGCUGAGCCGUUGUUGCUCCAAGACAUUUCCACUUCACAAUAACAGCACUUAUGUUGACCUGGGCAGCUCUAGCAUGGCAGAAAUUUGACAAACUGACUUGUUGGAAAGGUGAAUCCUAUGAUGGUGCCACGUCGAAAGUCACUGAGCUCUUCAGUAAGGCGAUUCUACUGCCAAUGUUUGUCUAUGGAGAUUGCAUGGUUGUGUGCUCGAGUUUAUACACCUGUCAGCAACAGGUGUGGCUGAAAUAGCCAAAUCCACUAAUUUGAAGGGGUGUCCACAUAUUGUUGUAUAUAUAGUGUAUUGUUUUUCAAUGUAAACGGCAGCCUCGCUGUGCCAACUGUUCUGCCGCGAAGCGUUUGUGGCCCUCCUCUAAAUGUUCAUUAUUAAAUUCAAUACACUUAUUUCCAAAUGGGUUGCUUUGUUUUUGUGUCGUGAAACGUUUGCCCGGCCACAAAAGACCCCCACUUUAUUGGAUAACAGCCCAAGGGAGAUUGCAUUCAGGCCUUAAAUGGAAUAACACUGCUACUUCAAUGUGAGAUCCAUCCUGGUUAAACAAGAAAAGCAGGGAAGGCCUAUUUUUAUCCUCCUGCACCGGUUCCCAUUAUACUCCAUGCUUUGAGUCGGGCGGGCGGACAGACUCGUUUUUCUAAACCAUGUGCCACUGCAUCGACGGAUUAGGCUCCCUGGCUGAGAAAAAAAAGGAAAAAGGUUCCAAACGGGUAAUAGUGUCUUUGUCUGGGGCACAUUCUUUGUCCUUGGGAGACCCAUCCCCUGUAAAUAAGGCAUUGGUUGUGUCCCAAAUGCCAUCCUAUUCCCUAUAUAGUGCACUACUUUUGAUCAGGGACCAUAGGGCUAGGCCCUGGUCAAAAGUAGUGCACUAUAUAGGGAAUAAGGUACCAUUUGGGACGCACACAUUGUGUCUAUUCAGCUGACUGGCCUCCCCCGGUCCCCCUCCACUCCUCACAAACCUCAGCACUUUUUUCACACAGUUAUUAUCUGUAAUUACCUUCACGCUUGUGAUUUUAUUGAUAAUGAGUUUCCUCUGCAUUAGCUGUAAUUUCAUGCUGCAAGACUCCUAGUGCCUGGUUGCCUAGUGACCUCUGUGGGAGUUAAUAAAGGAAAUAAAGGGCGUUGGACUGAGAGCUCUUAAUUGCACCGCGCACCGCGGCCGCACAGCCGGACUAAAGGGAUCUCAAAGCCUUUUAUAUCAUAGCAAAUGUUGUUUCUGGCCCAUAUAGAGCCUCUUCUAGAGCCAUCAGUGCAAAUAGAGGUCCCAAAUACAGGUUCCAAAAUGAAGAGGCUGAAAAUAAACCCAAUUAUGCUUGAAUCUAUUAGCUAGGCAAUUAAGGCCUUGAAGAGCUUCGGUAUUUUUCAUUGUUGUCGAAGCUAUUAGCUACAAACAGCUGGGUGUUUUAAUAUAAAACUUUAAACAUACUGUUUUCAUCGAUAAAUACCUGAUAAAGAAAUACAAAUAACAUGUUUUUGUUCUCAUGCUCUGUUUGCAUACAUCCGGUACGAUAAGUGUUCUUCGUCUGUGUGUUGUGUAGGCCUGAGAGCUGGGACAGAGUAUGGGAUGGGAGUGACAGCCGUGAAGAGUGAGCGUGAGAGCCUUCCUACGACCACCAACGCUGUUACAGGUGAGAUCUAUCAACCUUUUCUGUAUUGUAAAUAAAUACAUUGUUUUUGUUUACGGUCAUGGAUUGUAGUAAUAAUGUACUAAUAAUAACUCCCAUUCAACUGUCCUACAAUCCACAAAUAGUUAUCUCCACUUGUCUUACACUAUUUUAAAUAUACUCUCCCUCUAUAUUCUAUAUUCUCCUUCUAUAUUCUAUAUUCUCCUUCUAUAUUCUAUAUUUUCCUUCUAUAUUCUAUAUUCUCCUUCUAUAUUCUAUAUUCUCCUUCUAUAUUCUAUAUUAUCCUUCUAUAUUCUAUAUUAUCCUUCUAUAUUCUCUAUUCUCCUUCUAUAUUCUAUAUUUUCCUUCUAUAUUCUAUAUUCUCCUUCUAUAUUCUAUAUUCUCCUUCUAUAUUCUAUAUUCUCCUUCUAUAUUCUUCUCUUCAGCAUUGGAUGCUCCUAAGAACCUGGAGGUGGAGUCUUCCUCUGAGACUGAGAUGGUGUUGGUGUGGCAGAAGCCGGUGGCUAAGAUCGACAAGUACAAGCUGGAGUACGUGUCAGCCGACGGGCGAAGUGCUGAGGUGUCACCCUUCUCCAGAGACGUCAAGUACACCAUGAGGAACUUGACGCCCGGCAUGCUGUACACCAUCACCCUGACCGCUGAAAGGGGACGCAGGCAGAGUGGCCCCACCACCAUCUCCGCAGCAACAGGUCAGUGUGGACAGGUCACCGCUAUCUCCUCC